GAUAACUGUCAAAUAACUUUAAAAUCAACAUGAAUUCCUUAACCGUUUUAUUGUUCUGUGCUGGUGUUAUUGCAGCGGUAAACGGAGCUGUGUUGAAUCCAGCUGUUGCACAGUAUCAACAGUUCAGCAAAGAAUGCAUAUCUUCUACCAAUACAGAUCCAAAGAAUAUUGCCAAAGUAUUUAAUGGCGACCCAAUAGAAGUUGAAGAAUUAGGUUCACAUUUGCUAUGUAUGAACAACAAAUUUAAUAUUUUUACCGAAAACGGAGAUAUUGAUCAAGACAAUUUAAGAAAAAUCUUGCUAGUAUUUAACCCAUCAAAAGACAAAACCGAUGUAGCUGUCACAAACAGUUAA